AAAACAUCCGGACUGCUUAUAAAUCCGGACUCCUUAUGAAGUACGUUAAACCCACACCCCACCAUUUACCCCACCUUCCCCCUGUCACAGCCUCGUCCUCACCUCACCACAGCCUUCCCAACUUUCUUCCUCAUCCCAUCUACUCUACAAAAACCAUGCGCAAACAACCACCAAACCCACCAACUCCCCCAUAACCACUACUACGAAAGCACAAUGCAAUCACUCAUCUGGUCGUCCACAAUCCCACUGCAAAUCAGCCACCCCUCCUCGCCAAUCCCAUACCUCAUCAACAUCCCCCGCGUCUCAUACCUUCCCCUCCUGCUCCCACGCCUCACGACGUUCUUCGGCCCUGUGUGCUCCUCUUUCUCGUACGAGGGGAUCUUACUGAAGAAUUUACCGGUUGGGCUGUUGGCUGAUUUGUAUGCGCCCGAGCUGCCGUGGAGGGUGGUUGUUGAGGGGGGGUUGGAGUUUGAUAUGCAUGACACUUUUAUGAAUAGUGUGAAGGAGGUGAGUUGAGAUGUUGGGGAUGGGAGGUAGAGAGAUGGGACGGUAGAGGGAUGGGGUUGGGGAUUGGGGAUAAGGGACAGGGGCUGAUGUGUCACAGGCGGAUUUCAUAAGGUAUGGGACUGCAAAGGGGAUCAUGAGUAUGAGCAAGGAGAAUAGUACUACGCUAUGGAAUUCCGUUGUUGAUAGUAUGUCUUUCCCUCCCUCCCCUCUCAAUAGACCUUCAACAGAUCCUAACAUGUACAAAACAGACGACUACCAAACCUUCCACCGCAUCUCCUCCAUCCUCCUCAACCCCUCCAUUCCACUAAAACACAUCCCCCUACGCAUCUACGUCCCCUCCACACCCGGCAAAUCCUCUCCCUCGGACUCCCACCCCACACCCCUCGCAUCCUUCAAGAUCAUCCAAACGCUGCUUCCCCCGCGGACACCAAACCGCGAGGUGCAAACGCUCGGUAUGGCUUUGAAUAGUUUGCUGCCGACGUUGUUUCCUAGUAGGAGGGAUCCGAUACUGGCGGAGGCGGUGUUGCAUGGUGCGAGUGUGCCGUUUAGAGCCCCGCUGGAGGAACUCAUGCGGGAGGCGGCGUAUGCGGAUGGCUGGGUUAGUUUGUGUGUUGUUAUGGUUGAUGCUGUUUAG